CCCAGCUGUUGCCAGCCCAGCUGCUACCAGCCCAGCUGUUGCCAGCCCAGCUGCUACCAGCCCAGCUGCUACGAGCCCAGCUGCGGUGGGACCAGCUGUGGCACUGGUGGUGGCCAGGAGGGUGGCUACGGAGCUGUGAGCUGCCGAGUCAGGUGGUGCCGCCCUGACUGCCGCGUGGAGGACACCUGCCUGCCCCCCUGCUGUGUGGUGAGCUGCACACCCCCAACCUGCUGCCAGCUGCACCAUGCCCAGGCCUCCUGCUGCCGCCCAUCCUACUGCGGACAGUCCUGCUGCCGCCCAGCCUGCUGCUGCUACUGCUGCCAGCCCAGCUGUUGUGAGCCCACCUGCUGAAAGCCAGGCUGCUGAUUAAUUAAGAAUGAAAGGGGAAACUAAACAAACUGCUCUGAUCUCUGAAGAAGGGUUCAAUUUUACUCCCAUGCUAAGUAUCAUGAUGUUUCUAAGCUACUCAGAAAUAAUGGGUCUUAGACAGGACACUCUUGGAUGUGUUGAAUUAGCACACUGAAAGCAUGUAUCAAUCAGAGUAUCUAGAUAUCCUGCCUUGCUUGAAAAGACACCAGGGUAGGGUAUUUCUUCAAUUCAGUAACAUCUCUGUCUCCUCCCUAUCUCUUGAUCCCCACGUAUUUUCAGACCUGCUUUCUCCUCAAAUAUCCCUUUAACUUCAAAUAAAAUGUUUAAAUGUG